CAUCAUCAGGCGCAAAAGCUUCGACUCUCCAUUCCUCGCAUAUACCAGACCCGUGAACGACGGCAGAUCCACAUCACCACCCCGGUCUGUUAUCCCGACGCGCACCAGCCACUCAGCUGCCAUCGUUUAAGCCCUGUCGAGCGAAACGAAGGAGAAGAAAAAGAAAGAAAGAAAGCACACGCGCAAGCGCAGAGGCCAUUGCCAACCAAAUCUCCCAAGCGCCAGGACAAAGAAAAAAACCCAUAUCAAACAAAAAGAAAAAGAGAGGCAAAGAGACAAAGACAAACAAAUCUGCGCCGUUGUCUCGGUCAAAACUCCCCCGCCGCUCGCCGGUUGUCCCGCCACAAUGAGUUCCGAUCCCAAGUUCCCAUGCAGCAUACAUCUGCAAAUCCCCUUCCCCACACAUCGACUCGCCUCCACGGCCCUCAAAGCCCUCCAAGUCGACCCCGAGCUAUCGCCCCUCGUCCAGAGACAUUUCUCCAUAAACUCUGCUUCAUCGACGGAGCCCGAGGAGAGGGCGCAAGUGCUGCAGGUGGAAUACCAGGCGACUACGAAUCGCAUGCUGCGAGUUGCUGUCAACUCAUUCAUGGAAGGCCUCAAGCUGGUCUUGGAGGUCAUGGAACAAUUAGAUGUCGACGUCUUAGCAGCAGAGAACAAGGCAUCAAUCAAAUCUCCGUGAACAUGUACCCCUCGGCUGUCCUAUACCAUAUCGAAGUGACAUAUCGCCAUAUGUGCCAUAGCACAGUGAUGGUAAGCAGUACCAACUACCUAACGAUGCGAUAAAAUCGACUACCUCCCAAUACAUGGCC